AUGGUAAAGGAACUGCGCCGCCUCAUCGCCACCGUCAAGAGCAGCGAAGAGGACCUGGGCAAGCGGCAACGAUGCCUGUCCGCACUGGACAACUUGGCGUGGCACACGCGCACCAAGGCUCGCCUCUUUGAGCCGGCUGUCGGUGCACUCGACCUACUCUUUCACCUCUCCUUCUCGUCUCAGCUCGACCCGCGAGAUGCACCGCUUCGCUCGCUGGCGCUGAACACGCUCAACAAGAUGGCCCUCUCCAACACUCAAGCCCUCUGCAGGGCCGGCAUACUCGAGAAGUUGAUCGUACUCGCCCAGCAGCAGAUGAAGAUCGAAGGCGACAGCGCGAGCAUCGAAGAGGAGCUGAGACAGAAGGUGUUGCUCGGUGUGGCGAACAUUCUACUCACCUACGCCAACGACAAGACGUUCAGGGCGCUUCUGGCGGUGGGCGCGCCAGGCGCUUGGGGUGAAAAUGGCACCAGCGCGCUCGACCUCCUGCUCUCCUUCCUCAACGACCCCAAGUUCAACCUGUCCCUCCGCGGCUCCGCUGGAAUGGCGCUCAUGAAGCUGUGCGAGAUGUGUCGACGAGGCGAGGAGAGCUGGGCCAUGGUGCGCCGCAAGGUGGCCGACUCCAACACCAUGAAGAACCUCGUGCUGCUCCUCCUGCGGAAGGACGACGACAAUCCAACCAAGCCGGCGUCGGCAUCGACGACGACCAGCGAUGGACCGGCGGCGCUGCCGGGCGUCGACGAGGCGGCGUUCACCAACAAGGCCAUGGUGCUCGACGUGCUCUACGCGCUCAGCAACCUUGACUCCUUCGAAAACGAAGUCGACGCGGGCGACAUGGGCGAGCGCGUCAUAAAGGCCGGCGGCUGCGUCAUCACCUGCGCGCUCCUCAACCGACUCGCCGCCGAGCAACAGCAACAGCAGCAGCAGCCUAUCGAUGCCGCCACCGCUGCGGCGGCCGAACACGAUGCACGCACCAAGGCGCGGGUCGAAGUGAUACGGGCGGCGGUCGGCUUGCUCUCCUCGAUGGCCUUUGUCACAGUGAUCCCCGUGGCCCUGCAACACGCCACCUCAGAGCGAUGA